UUGAUAGACUCAUCCUGCCCUUGUUGUUUUGAUCAUUCCUUGGAGUGCUUCAUGAGAAAAAGCACCACAACAACAACAACCUCCACAACCACCAACACAACAACAACAACAACUGCAAAACCAAACACAACAGCAUCUCCAUGUUGUGAUUACAGUUCCUCGUCCUCCGAGAGCGAUGAAAGCGAUGAAAGGGGAGUUAUUUUGGCUAUAGGAAUACACAAUAAAUCGCCCGAAAAGGCAUGUUUUAUCUUCAAAAAGCUUUGAAAAAAAUCCAAAAAUUGCAGGAUUGCUCUCCUACAGAUUGCAAUUCAAAUGGGCAUUGUUUUGGAUCAACUUCUGAACCUUUGUGCUUGUGCCGAUUAGGCUAUUGCGGUCCUCGCUGCAAUACAAGUCAGUUUUUAUCGUGAUAAAAGGGUAAAGUGAUAGCUAAGAGUCUGAGAUGGGAUAUCUUUUAGAAGGAGUAUGUCGGGGAUUAAGAAAUAAAAGAGAUGGGAUAUACGAUUUUUGAGAUAGGAGAGAUAUGAUGAUUGGAUAUACAAGAAGGAAUAUGCAUGAGCGUAGAAUAGCUUAAACUUGGAGGGGGGAGGAUAAAUAAAAGCCUGAGAUGAGAGAUUAGGGUACC